AUGGUGAGAACCAAAAAAGCUAAUAAAGAAGCUAGGAAAACUCAUAAAGAUAAGGAGGAACAUGUAUUGAAUUCAAUUCAGAAAGGAGAUGUAGAAAUUAUGCCGCCUCUUGAGGAUAUUGAGAAUGAAAGUAAAAAACAAAUGAAUGCUUUUAAAUUAUUGAUGGAUUCUAGAAACAAGGUUAUUGGGAGUAACUCUCCUGGAAAAUUUAAAUCACCGACAAGCAUAGAAUUAGAUGAAAUAACUUCACAAAGAGAAAUUAAAGCGAAAAGGAUUCUGUCACUGGAUAAAAUGGCUGAAGCAAAGGGAUCACUAAAGAAAAAGGAAAUUGAGGAAUAUAGGGACAGGUUUGUUGUGCAGAAAAUGUUGAAAAGGGCUGAACGGUUGAAAAAUAUGAUAAAAAGCCCAGAGAAAGAAAAAACUGUACCAACUACUCAAACCAAGACUGUAAAUAAUUUGUCACAAAAUAAAACAAAUGAAAAAGAAAAGAAAAAUGUACUAGAGAAAUCAAAAAAGACACUACAAUUGUGUGAUUUAUUUAAUGAGCCAACGGUUAAGGUUACACAUGGUAGUGGACACAAUAAUAUUGCUCAAGAGGAUAUUGAAUUUCUUAAUAAAUUAUCACCAUCAAUAAAGAAAAGAGAAAAUAUGUUGAGUUAUUUCAAGAAGGUAACAAAGGAUUCCGAUUCAUCAUUAGAGAUGUCUGAUAAGAACUCUCCUGUAGACAAUAAAAAUGUUAUAAAAGUUAAAUUUACCCCAAAAAGAAAGAAGAAAAGUAAAAGACUAAAAUCACCAGAAACUGUAUCAAAUUCAGAUAAUUUGACAAAUGGUUUGGAUGAAACAAAGGACUCCAAUAAAGUGCAAGUUGAAAAUUCUGAAAGCAGAAAAAGAAAAAGGAAUAUUGAUAAAACUGAAAGCAAAGAAGACAGUUCCACAAUAAUACAAACAAAUGUAGUAGAUUGCAGUGAUAAUGAUAAUAGGCCUAAAAGAAAUAUUAAAAAACCUAUUAAAUAUACUGAUGAUAUAGAUUUGUUUAGUUCUGAUGAAGAAUUACAUAUUUUUACGCCAAAGAAAAAGAAGAAUAUUGGAAAAUUACCUUUAAACAGCUCUGAAGAUAAAAAACCUAAAAACGAUAUCAUUUUAUGUGAUGUUCAGAAAAAAGAUGUUUUGCCAUUGAAAAAAGAUAAAACAAAAUCUUCAAAAUCAUCAAGAAAACAGGAUGGGUCCCAGAAUGUAUCAAAAGACAGGAAAUUAGAUAAAAAGGUGAAACUUUCAACUGAAAAUUGUUUAAAAAAUGUAAAGAUUGAUAGUAAACCAACAAAACUUGCACCUAUAUUUGUUGCCAAACCACAACUCUCUCCUGCAGCUAUAGAAGCAAAACAGAAUUUUCUUAAAAGCGGUGUCCCUGAGAAAUUGAAAAAACAUGCACAGUCACAGCCAAAUGUCAUUUUUACUGAAUAUUUUCAACCUGUUGUUCAUGUACAACAGAUUCCGAAAUGCACAAAAAUAAUUGAUAACAAAUUUGAUUUCUAUACUACAAACUUAAUUGAUGGUCAUAUACCUGUUGUGGGUGAUUGUCUAUUAAAAUCAUUCCUAGAAAAUGUUCCAUCUAAUACAUUAAAUGUACCAAAUGUAAGACAUAAGCCUAUAAAGUUAUUGAAGUGCCUUAAGAAUGCACAUCCCAAAUUUCCUGUUUAUCGUACAUAUCAUUUGCUUAAAGGCAAAAGCAAGGGAGAGGUUAAGGACUGCAGCUAUCCUGAAAUGGACAAUAGUAUUGAAGUAAUAGAUGGCCUUGUAGAUAUAAGUAAUGAUAAUCCUGAUAAAUUGAAUUGGUGUGAAAAAUAUAAACCUUUAUCUUCAAAGCAAAUUUUAGGUAAUUUUGAGACUAUAAAGGAGUUAAAGAGAUGGCUUGAAACAUGGACUGAAAGUUUGAUAAGAUGUAAGAACUUAAAGAGCAAUGAUUCUGAUUCAUCUGACUUCUAUCACUCAGACACGGAUACUAAAGAUGGGCCGAAGAAUAUCAAUAACUUGCUGAUAUUGAAUGGAAUUACAGGAUCGGGAAAAACCAGCAGUGUAUAUGCUGUAGCUGCUGAGUUAGCUAUUAAAGUUAUUGAGGUCAAUGCAAGUAGAAAAAGAACAGGUAAAAUUAUGUUACAAGAUUUGCAGGAAGCAACACAAUCUCACAAAGUCAAUAGAGGUAAAACUGCCAUUGAAAGUUCUCAAAAAUCACAGGAAAUUGUAGUGACUGUCAAAAAACGGGGUAGACCGAAAAGAGUCUUAGAUGAUACGAAAAGUUCGUCACAAUCCAGUGAAAAUACUACACAGACAAGCCAAAGCCAGGAAACUUACACCGACAUGUCCCUCAUAUUGAUUGACGAUGCUGACAUUGUUUUUGAUCAAGAUGAUGGGUUCUGUUCUGCUUUAUCACAGUUAAUACAAAGUUCAAAGAGGCCAGUCAUUUUAGUGACUUCAUCAUUAACUUGUCCUCAUUUACAGAAGUUUAUGAUGAAUGGGAAGAUAUUGCACAUGCAACCAUUCCUACCUAGAAUACUCGGAACUUGGCUGGAUAUUAUGUGUUUGGCGGAUGUCGGAUUUUGUUUUGGGGGCUUAGGAGCUAGAAUAUUAGAUUUCUACAAAGGUGAUAUUAGAAAAACGAUUAAUUGCUUACAAUUUUACAUGAAUUCUAAUAAACAUGUCCAUGUUGAUGAAGUAGCAUUGGCCCAAAUUAAAACAAAUAUUGAUGAUGAAAACUCAAGCAUGUCUUGGGCUGAUUUAGAAGUUUCAGAAGACAUCUCACGUUGUGACGAAAAUACACAGAUGUAUAUUGAUAAACAAGUUGAAAUGCUCGGAAACAAAAAUAUCGACCCAUUUAACUUUUGGUGGAGCUUACCAAAGUACUAUAAAACGGAUAAUAAUUUAACGAAAACUACAACCUCCGAAUGUUUAGAAGACGUUUCAAAAAUAUUAGAUGCUAUAUCUAUUUCAGAUAUUUUUGAUCAAAAUGAUCAAACAGAAAAACAGUGUCAUUUAGUAAGCAACUUUUGGUUGUGCCGUGAAAAUCCAAGUGUACUUGAGAAUGAGAGCUUCAAUGAUUAUAAUAAAUCACAUUACUUUUUAAAUGAAAUAACCCAAGAACUUAUGAAUAUAACAACUUUUAAAGCACAGAAAAUUUUAAAUAGUGACAGAAGACUGUGCAUAACCCAGCCAAAUAUGAUGGUUGAAAGGUAG